AUGGCUGCGCCUCUUGCGCGCACUGCGCUGCGGCCCGCUGCACGCCUCGUCGCAGCACCGCAGCGCCUCUUCUCCAGCGCCGCGCCGCGCGCCGCGCCCAAGGCCGACGCCGACGCCGACGGCGGGCCCAACGACGGCACGCGCGGCGCCUCGGCGGCGCUCGAGUACAAGCUCUCGCACCGCCUGCGCAAGCUGCCGCCGCUGCCGAGCCUCGAGCCGCCGACGUUUGAUGCGAGCGAGGCGGUGAGCAACAUCCUCUACAACACGCCGCCGCCCAGCAAGCAGCCGUUCAAGCGACACAUCCUCAACACGCUCGUCCAGAAUGAGCCGGGUGUGCUGUCGCGCGUUGCCGGCACGCUCGCCGCGCGCGGCUUCAACAUCGACUCGCUCGUGGUGUGCGCCACGGAGCACCGCGACCUGUCGCGCAUGUGUAUCACGCUCCGCGGACAGGACGGCGUGGUGGAGCAGAUGCGCCGCCAGCUCGAGGACCUCGUGCCCGUGUGGGCCGUGCUCGACUACACGGACACGAGUGUCAUCGAGCGCGAGCUCAUGCUCGUCAAGGUGUCCAUCCUCGGGCCCGAGUACUUCGAGGACGCGCAUGCCGGCCUGGCCGGUGCGCAAAGUCGUCCUGCGCCCGAGCUCGUCUCGGAGCGCGAGACGGAUGCUGAGCUCGCGGCCGGCGCCGGCGGCGCGUCGCACCCGCCGCCGCUGACGCCUACGGAGGCGCUGCGCGUCAAGUAUGACCACAUGCGCUCCAUCGUCGCGCUUGCUGAGCAAUUCAAGGGCAACGUCGUCGACAUCAGCUCGACGGCCGUCAUCAUCGAGGUCUCGGGCAAGACGAGCCGCUGCGACGCUUUCCUGAAGCUCGUGCGGCCGUUUGGCGUGCUGGAGUGUGCCCGCAGUGGCACGAUGGUGCUGCCGCGCUCUCCCAUCACAUCUGCAUGGACGGGCUCGGAGGACAUGACAGAAGAGGAGCGCGCCGAGGUCGACGCCAGCCUGCUGCCCCCCGGCUAA